AUGGAAAUGAAGUCCUGGUACCCGACCGAUUUCAAACAAGCAUUAAGCAACACAAUUCCCGAAGAAGACAUGGCAAUCUACCUCCAGCGACCAGGUAGCUCCCCACGCUUUGUAUACGGAGUCUUGAUGCUCCCCACCGUUCUGAAAUACUAUAUCAACCUUGAACAAUGUUACGAAAUCCACACCGCUAUGACUCAAGCCACAUUACCUGGAUACCAACUACAUCAAUUUGCAGAGUCAAGCUCGCCAGUCAUCGCACCUUCACCAGAUCCCAAAGCCAUGGUGGAGGGAAUGCUCAUUUUUAAUCUCGACGAGCAUCAACGAAACGCUCUUUAUGAAUUUGAGGCUGGGCUGAUGUGUCUGACCAGCGUGCAAGUGGAUAUUUGUCAGAAAGAUACAGGUCAGAUGCACUACCUUCGCACUGUGGAUGCUGGGGCUUUUACUUGGACCAAUUCCACACUUGGACUGGCGCGAAUCAGAGACUCGUCGUGGGGGAUUAGUGAGUUCUUGAACAGUCCGUUCUAUCAGUACAUGUCCCAAUCCCAGGAUCGAACCAGUGUUCGGCUUUAG